AUGAGUACGGAUGUGAAAAUAAGUCAGACUUUUAUUGGGGGUGAAAGUCAACCAGAUUCCAUGAACGGAAAACAACUAGACUAUGGAGAUGGAAAGUGGCCAAUCUCCGGGGAUAGAAACCAGCCGGAUGUAAGGGAUGGAAACCAGCCGGAGUCGGGGGGUGAAAACCCGCCGGAGUCGAAGGUUGGAAACCAACUGGUGUCAGGGGAUGGAAACCAGCCAGCCUCUGGGGAUGGAAACCAGCCGGAGUCAAGGGAUAGGAACCAGCCAGUCUCCGGGUGUGGUAAUCAACCAGUCUCCACGGAUCGAAGCCAGCCGGAGUCGGGGAAUGGAAGCGAGUCAUUCGUCAAGGAUGAAAAUCAGUCGGUCUGCAGGGAUCGAAGCCAGCCGGAGUUAGGAGAUGGAAACCAGUUAGUCUUCGGGAUGGAAAACCAGACAGUCUUCGGGGAUGAAAACCACUCAGUAUCCGAGGAUGAGCUGGAGAAUGAUAACGAGCCAGUCUCCGGGGAAGGAAACCAGCCAGUCCCUGGGGAAGGACACCAGCCAGUCUCCGGGGAGGAGUCGGAGAAUCAAAACCAGCCAAUAUCCUGGGAUGGAAACCAGCCAGUCUCCGAGGAUCGAAGUCAGCCGCGGUCGGGGAAUAAAAACCAGCCAGCCUCCGGGGAUGGAAACCAGCCAGUCUCCGGGGAAGGAAGCCAACCGGGGACGGGGAAUGGAAACCAGCCAGUCUCCGGGGAAGGAAGCCAGCCGGGGUCGGGGAAUGAAAACCAGCCAAUCUCUGGGAAUGGAAACCAGCCAGUUUCUAGGGAUGGAUUCCAGCCUGAGUCGGGGUAUGGAAACCAGCCAAUCUCCGGGGAUAGAAACCAGCCAAUCUCCGGGGAUGGAAACCAGCCAGUCUCCGUGGAUGGAAACCAGGCUGAGUUGGGGAAAGGAAACCAACCAAUCUCUGGUGAUAGAAACCAGCCAGCCUCCGGGGAUGGAAACCAGUCAGUCUUCAAGGAUGGAACGCAGCCAGUCUUCACGCAUGGAAACCAGCCGACGUCCGGGAAUGGAAGCCAACCAGUCUCCGGGGGUGGAAACCAGCCGGAGCCGGGGAAUGGAAACCAGCCAGUCUCAGGCGAUAGAAACCAGUCAGAGUCGGAAACGGAAAUCAACCAAUAUCUGGGGAUGGAAACCAGCCAGUCUCCAGGGAUCGAAGCCAGCCAGAGUCGGGAAAUGGAAUCCAGCCAGUCUCUGGGGAUGGAAUAA